AUGACUCAUUGUAAUCCGAUGUCCACUCCUGUUGACACUAAUGCCAAGCUCAGCGCGUCUUCCGGUGAUGACUUUUCCGACCCAACUCUUUACCGUAGUUUGGCGGGUGCCUUGCAAUAUCUCACGUUCACUCGCCCGGACAUCAGUUAUGCGGUCCAGCAAAUUUGCAUGCAUAUGCACGCCCCUAAAACGGGUCAUUGGUAUAUAAAAGGUACAACUUCAUUCGGAUUAACACUCGGCCCCAUUGGCUCCAAAUCUCUUGUUGCCUACACAGAUGCCGACUGGGCCGGUUGCCCAGACACCCGUCGGUCGACUAUUGGAUAUUGUGUUUAUUAUGGAGACAAUCUUAUUUCGUGGUCCUCGAAACGGCGGCCUACUAUUUCUCGGUCGAGUGCUGAAGCCGAAUACCGGGCUGUUGCCAACGUAGUAUCGAAGAUUUGUUGGCUUCGUAAUCUUUUAUUGGAGCUUCGUCGUCCACCUUCACUCGCCACUCUCGUCUAUUGCGACAAUAUUAGUGCCAUAUAUUGUCGGGAAAUCUAG